AUGUCGUCCCUUAGUCACGUCGGAAUCGCGGCCCCUCCUUCAAAGUACGACGCUGUCGUCGCCUUCUAUGCGCACGCGCUUGCGCCGCUGGACUACACAGCUCUGCUGACCUUCCCGGGCCUCGUCGGCAUGGGCUCUGCGCAGACAAAGGUGCCUGACUUCUGGAUCAGUUCCAAGGACGACGCGGCAGCGCAGCAGCAGACGCACAUUGCGUUCAAUGCGAAAGACAAGGACACCGUCCAGGCGUUCCACGCAGCGGCGCUUUCCGCACAAGCCGGCGGCAAGGACAACGGUGCCCCGGGCAUCCGUCCCCAGUAUCGGCCCACGUACUACGCGGCCUUCGUUUUGGACCCACUGGGCAAUAACAUCGAGGCGCUCCAUGAUCCGAUCGAACCCCAAGCGGAAGCGAAAAGGGCAUGA